UGUCCUCUGGGUUUCUCAGCUAAUCCAAACAACCCUCCUUCUCCCCUGAAAAGUCCGAACCUUGAAGCCCCCGAAAAUAAUUAAUUCUCCCUCGACUGGAAAAACUCGAAAAAACCCCAUUAGCGGCAAUCGGAUGAAUCUCUUCCUCCUCCAAUUCCAGCUCUCCAUUGCUGUUCUCACCGGGAGUUGAUCGUGGCGGGAACAUUCUUUCUCUUUGGAUCUCCGAGGGUGGGUUCUGUUCUUGUUUCUCCUCCGGUGGACGAGAAGGAAAUACUUGUAUCAAGAAAACAAGCAUAACUUUCGGAGUAGUGUCUGGAUUCUUUUGUCCAUUGGGGGGGAGGGGGGUAGUAACUUAUAAUUCUUUGGAUUCUUUGGCGCGGGAAUUGAGCAUUGCGGAUAAGUUGUUGAGUUUUUGAGUUGUGGGUGGUGAGAUCAAAUGAAUGUGGUAGGGAAGGUUGGGAGCCUCAUUUCUCAGGGUGUUUACUCCGUUGCAACCCCUUUUCAUCCCUUUGGGGGUGCUGUCGAUAUAAUUGUUGUUCAGCAGCAGGAUGGUUCCUUUAGGAGCACCCCUUGGUAUGUUCGGUUUGGGAAGUUUCAGGGCGUACUAAAAGGGGCUGAAAAGAUUGUCCGUAUCAGCGUCAAUGGGACCGAAGCCAAUUUUCACAUGUAUCUUGAUAAUUCUGGUGAGGCUUAUUUUGUGAGGGAGGUAGAUCCAGGGGAUGAAAGUGAGAAUACAGCUGGUGGGAUCCUGAAGGAAUCAUGUGUUUCAGAAGUUGGAAGCAGCUAUAGUAAUUAUGAUGAUAGAAGUAAAACUACAGUUGGUUACAGAUUGGAACACAGUGUCUCCGAUACUGGGCCGAUCCCAUUGCGAAAUGACUUCAACUCCUCAGACUUGGCCAGAAUAGAGCGGUCAGAAUCUGAUGUGGAUCGGAGAUUUUACGAUUUCCAAGAUGAUGAUUCCUCUCAAGAAGAUUCUGUCGAGCUUUCCGAGUAUGGGUCAAACCGCUUCGAGAACUUAGAUGGAGAUCACUUUGUGGAGUCAAGCCCCAACUCAGAGGUGGUGCUGGUAAGCGUGGAUGGUCACAUUCUGACGGCUCCUCUUUCAGCUUCUGAGCAGAACAGUGAGAACGUUCAGCUGAAUACUCCUCAGUUUCAUCUGGGACCUGGUGAAGGGGCUGAGUUCUGUGAAGGCAAUGAAGGGUUCAAUUCGGGUAGAAACGACUGGGAUGGGGAUUACAUUGAGGAGCUGAAUGUGUCGUCUUCUAUUGGUGUCGUGACAGCUUCAGGGAAUGAUGCUGGUGGUUCUUUGGGCCACCUUCUUGAAGUCUGUGAAGGAGAUGGGGAACAUGAAUGCCGAGAUCAGGAAACACAGGAUGUGACCAGUAAGAUGGGAGAAGCACCAUUGCAAAGUGAUUUGGAAGACACAUCUGCAGGUAUGAAUCGGGAAGAAGUAUUCAAGAGUUGUCUGGCUUUACCAGAAUUGGCGAAGCAGUAUGAUGAAUCUGUUGAUUCUGAGAACAUUGAUUCCCCAUCAGAGGGAGAGAAGUUCACUCAGUCUCUUCCUGCAGUUGAUGAAACUGUAGAUAUUUCAAACAUCGGUGAAGUUAGAAAUGUUGAUGAGCUUUCUCCAUCACAUUCUCUUGGCAAUGGUAAACCUACACAAAUCGAUGCUGUUGAGCCUGUUCAUGAAGAUUUGGUUGGUAAAGACAAUGUAGGCUCUGCAAGCGUUUCUGACCAUUCUGGUGGUUUUGAAGAGUCAGAUGGACACGCUAGUACUGCAGUGGCAGUUGAUACUUCGGGAGAGAGUCAAGAAAAAGCUGAUCUUGAAGUUGAAUGUGGUACUAGUGAGAUUGGGCGGGAGCCUGAACCAACCACUUUGAGCAAAGCAACAGAGAACCAUAUAUGUACAAAGAUUGAGAUAUCCCUUUGUCGAAAUGAACUCCAAUCUGGUAUGGGUUCAGCCGCAGCCGCUGAAGCUUUUGAUGCCCAUCUCAUAUCUUUAGAGGAAUUUCAGAGUUCCGUGGAAUCAAUUGUGAAGAAUGAGGAUCUCGUUAUUAGGUACCAAGGAAAGUACCUGUCAUGGGAGAAAGCUGCACCAAUCGUUCUUGGGGUUGCAGCCUUUGGUUUCAACUUUCCUGUUGAUUCUAAAGAGACAAUACCUGUGGAAGAAGAGGAGACUCCUAAGGCAGAAAGUGAAUCUGUGGCUACUCCUACUUCAUCAGGACGGAGAUGGAGGCUGUGGCCCAUUCCUUUCAGGAGAGUGAAGACCCUUGAGCAUCAAAACAGCAGCUCAUCGAAUGAGGAUGUGUUUGUUGAUUCGGAGCCAUCUAUGCAGAGCUUACAGGAAGAGCCCACUCCAAGAAGUGAACAGGGGGACAAGUCUCCACGGAAGCAGCUCAUAAGGACCAAUGUUCCUACCAGUGAACAGAUUGUUUCUCUGAAUCUGAAGGAAGGCCAGAAUAUUAUCACUUUCAGUUUCUCCACAAGGGUUCUAGGGAAACAACAGGUAGAUGCCCAUAUAUACCUCUGGAAGUGGAACGCCAGAAUUGUGAUCUCUGACGUAGAUGGUACAAUUACGAAAUCUGAUGUUCUGGGACAGUUCAUGCCUUUAGUCGGGAAGGAUUGGACACAAUCUGGAGUAGCCCGGCUUUUUUCUGCAAUAGAGGAGAAUGGCUAUCAGCUACUGUUCCUAAGUGCUCGAGCUAUUGUUCAAGCUUAUUUAACCCGAAGUUUUCUGCUUAAUCUCAAACAGGAUGGGAAAGCUCUACCCAGUGGACCUAUUGUCAUAUCUCCUGAUGGUUUGUUUCCGUCCUUGUACCGAGAAGUUAUUAGACGAGCACCACAUGAGUUCAAGAUUGCAUGUUUGGAGGAUAUUAAAGCUUUGUUCCCUUCCGAUUACAAUCCUUUUUAUGCGGGCUUUGGGAACAGAGACACAGAUGAGCUGAGUUAUAGAAAGAUCGGGAUCCCGAAGGGCAAGAUUUUCAUCAUUAACCCAAAGGGUGAGGUGGCAAUUAGUCAUCGAAUAGAUGUGAAAUCAUAUACAUCGCUACAUACUCUCGUAAACGACAUGUUCCCCCCGACCUCUCUAGUCGAGCAGGAAGACUACAAUUCAUGGAAUUUCUGGAAGAUGCCACUGCCCGAUAUUGAAUGCUAGCCCUGUACAGGAAAGAGGAACCACUCGUCCUAGCUCUAGUUUAUCCUUUCCCGAAGUUUUCAAAGGAUCAUACCUUUUUUUUCCUAUAUUCUCAAAUUCUUUUGGGAGGAGGAGGAAGAAACAUUUUUCUAAUGAGUUCGGCAUCACUUGACUAUCUCCUCCCUAGUUGUUAGGGUAGAUGUAUGAUGAUCGGGUUAAGUCAAGAUUAGGGAGAGCUUUCCGGAAGGCCACUGAUAAUUCUUAGCAAUAAGCCAGCCCCUAAACAUUGUGAAGUGAUGAUAAUUAGAGCGGGGAAGAAGUAAUAUGUAAAUUUUCUCGAGGUUAGUUCAUCAACAGUUGUAUUGUAUCCCAUUCAAUUCAUUAUUAUAAAACAGCAUUGGAAACUUUGCGAUACAAACCGUA